GUGUGUUGUCAAAAUCGAUUUCGUAGUGCUUAGGCCUUGGAAGGAAUUUAUUUCAUUUAAUCAAAACGUAAAGCCAUUGGUGUCCUAAAAAUGUCUGCUAUCCUGUCUCAGAUUCUUCGCCGCAAGAUUGCCACCUCCGCCCCAAGGUUCGCCACAGCAGCCACUGCUGGUGAACACUCAGGUGGCUAUAAGAUGUGGAAGCGUUUGACCUUCUUCGUUGCCUUCCCAUCUGUUGGUUUGUGCAUGUUGAACGCUUAUUUGGCUCACCAAGAACACGCACAUCAUGCCCGUCCUGAAUUUGUUAAAUACGAAUACUUGGCCAAGCGCGACAAACGUUUCCCCUGGGGUGAAGGUAACAAAUCUUUGUUCCACAACCCCCAUGUCAACGCUUUGCCCGAUGGUUAUGAAGCCUAAGGUGUUUUAAACAUUCUGAACAGUUGAAUGAAGUAUUUAAAAUUAAUAAAAAAUAUUAAAAAUACCAAAAUAAUUGUAAAAA